AUGGAACUCCGGAAACAAUUGGAGAAAUUCUGGCAGAUAGAGGAACUACAACCGACAAAGCUUCGAUCACAGGAAGAGAUCCAGUGCGAAGAACACUUUAAUGCCACUCAUUCUAGAAAAACAGACGGCCGCUUCGUUGUACACUUACUGAUCAAGGAUGGUAUCCAAAAUUUAGGCGAAUCCUACAAAAUCGCCGAAAAACGUCUGAAAGCAUUAGAGGUCAAAUUAGAAAGACAACCCGAUCUCAAGCGACAAUAUCACGAAUUCAUGCUUGAAUACCACAAGCUGAAUCACAUGACAGAAAUACCAGCAACAAGGAUGAAUGACAAGCCUAGUUACUACAUCCCGCAUCAUGCGGUCAUAAAAGAAGACAGUGCAACCACGAAGCUAAGAGUAGUAUUCGAUGCUUCAUGCAAAACAACUGCUGGUAACUCUCUAAAUGACUUCCUCAAGGUAGGGUUAAAUUUACAGGAGGAUCUAUUCGAUAUUGUCGUACGCCUUCGACAGCAUGAUUAUGCAAUGGCCGCAGACAUCACCAAAAUGUACAGACAGGUCGAAGUAACAGAAGACCAUCGUAAACUGCAACGAGUACUCUGGAGAUGGUCGAAAGAGGAACCCAUCCGGGCAUUCGAGUUGAAUACAGUCACCUAUGGUAUGUCUAGUUCAUCGUUCUUAGCAAUAAAAUUGUUGCAAGAAACAGCACAUCAACUCAAGAAACAGUAUCCACAAGCAAGCGAAAUAAUACUGAAAGAUUUUUAUGUGGACGACCUGUUAACAGGAGCCAAUUCAAUCGAGGAAUUAAAGAAGAUAAAAUACGACGUCAUCAGCAUUCUAUCAAGCGCAAGAUUUAAUCUUAGUAAAUGGAAGUCUAACGCCAAAGAAAUAAGUGAUUCAGAUGCCAACGAAAACACUGUAAGACUCGGAGAUACGACUAAGGUUCUCGGUCUAUGGUGGAACACCACUACCGACACAUUUCAUUACCGCAUUAAGCAAGAAAACGAACCAAAGAGGACCACGAAACGCUACAUCUUAUCAAAAAUAGCGGAAAUUUAUGACCCUCUUGGUUGGAUAGGUCCCAUUGUGGUACGAGCUAAAAUAAUAAUGCAACGUCUAUGGCAAAUGAAGAAAGACUGGGAUGACGAUAUCACAGGAGACACUCAUGCAAUGUGGAUUCAUUGGAGAGCGCAAAUCAAAUUCCUUGAAAGCAUCACCAUUCCACGCAAAAUCCUAUGCGACAAUCCCACUCAAGUUGAACUACACGGAUUCUGCGAUGCAUCCGAGGCAGCAUAUGGCGCCUGUGUAUACUUACGCAGCGCAAACUCCCAAGGAAAAUAUACAGUAAACCUUUUAUGUGCCAAAUCGCGAAUAGCACCUAUAAAGAAAGUAUCAUUACCGAGACUGGAACUCUGUGGAGCCACGUUAUUGCUUUAUCAUGGAUAUCCAGCGACGCAAGCAAAUGGCACACAUUCAUCGCCAACAGAGGAGAUAAAACGUAUUACACAUGACGCCCUAUGGUAUCACGUCAAAUCCGAGGAAAACCCAGCAGACCUGUUAUCGAGAGGAAUCAAUCCUGAAAAAAUAAAGUCAAUGGAACUAUGGUGGAAGGGCCCAAAAUUUCUUCAGCACGGUCCCUCUCCACAACCAUUCAAAUCCGGAAAGGCCUCCGAUAAGGUUCCCGAAGGACGUGUCAUAAGCCUGAUAGUACAAGAUAAAAGCUCUAAAACCAAUUCCAGUAUAAUUAAAAGAUUUUCAUCACUUACAAAAUUAAAACGAGUCAUAGCGUACUGCCUACGCUUUAAGAGCAACGCAUUGAACUCCAAUCGAUCAAACCAACCGUUAACGGUUCAAGAAACGAACAAGGCAUUAAUUAUAGUUAUUAAAAUCUGCCAAGCCGACGAAUUCCACCAGGAACUACAUGAUCUCCGCGAUCAACGAAAAAUAAAUUCUAAAAGUAAGAUGCUAACCUUGCACCCCUUCCUUGAUGAUGACGGCAUUAUUCGCGUGGGGGGAAGGUUAAGGCACGCGCCCAUCGAAUACAGCAGGAAAUACCCAAUCAUAUUGCCUAAAAAACAUCACCUCACAGAACUAAUCAUUAGAGAUGCUCAUUAUAGAAAUUUACACGCCGGAACACAGGCAAUACUCGCAGAUGUCCGCAAUAAUUACUGGCCAAUAUCUGGCAAAGACGCGAUUCGCCGCGUAUUAAAAAAAUGCAUCAUCUGCUAUCGCGUAAAGCCCACUAUAGCCACGCAGUUAAUGGGCAAUCUACCCAUUCAUCGGGUGACUCAGGCGCGCCCAUUUCUAAAUACAGGCGUAGAUUACGCUGGUCCAUUUAAUAUUAAAAUUUCGCGGAACAAAACCGGAAAAGCAUAUCUAUCUAUUUUUAUUUGUUUGGCCACUAAGGCGGUACAUUUUGAGCUGGUUCCGGACCUAACCACAGUAGCCUUUUUAAACGCAAUGAAAAGGUUCAUCGCUCGAAGGGGUAGGUGUCUCACCUUGUAUUCAGAUAACAGCACCACAUUUGUUGGUGCUAAUAACCAGCUGAAGGAGCUAAAAGAAUUCCUUGCUAAGGAAGCCACUCAGGCGCAAUUAAAAGAAUUUUUAGUUGGGCAGUUCGUUACUUGGAAGUUUAUCCCUCCACACUCUCCACACAUGGGUGGACUCUGGGAAGCAGCAGUCAAGUCUGCCAAAACCCACAUGAAGAAAAUCAUCGGUACAAACGUACUAUCAUUCGAAGAACUUCUCACCGUUUUGCUACAAAUAGAGUCAUGCUUAAAUUCCAGGCCACUCACGCCAAUAACCAAUGAUCCUACGGAUCUAUGGUCACAGGAAUAUAUCUCGCAGCUACACCAACGUUCCAAAUGGAAGCGUAUGGAAAAUACAAAUAUAAAGAUAGGCACUAUGGUGCUAAUAAAAAAUGAAAGUACUCCUCCGAUCAUCUGGCCAUUAGGUCGAAUCGUAGAAACUCACCCAGGAUCAGACGGUAUAACACGCGUUGUUACCGUUAAGACUGGUCAUGGUGUAAGUAAACGAGCGUUAUCUAAACUAUGUAUUCUACCCAUAGAUGACAACAUGUAA